AUGAGAAAUGAACUAAAGUGUAAGAUCAAGAACACUAAGCGCGAAUUCUAUCAAAAGGCACUGUCUUCUUCCAAACCUAAAGAGAUAUGGCAAGUUAUACACAGAAUUCUUCACCCAAGCCCACAACCACUUAGAGCAGAACCCGAAGAGCUAAACUCUUUCUUUGCCUCUACUGCUGAAAGAGUCGCCGGCACAUCUGCCAUUCCAACCGACGAACUAUGGAAGCUGAUAGACUCUCUUCCUGAAGAUGAAGGCAAUUCAUUUCACCUUCGUAAAUUCACUUGCAAAGAAGUUCUUUCGGAGUUAAAGAAACUAAGAAAUGACUGUUCAUGUGGUCCAGAUAGCAUUCCAGUCAAGUUCCUCAAGAUGGCUGCUGAACAACUUACUCGGUCGUUAACUCACAUACUGAACAACUGCAUUGACAAUCUAACAUUUCCAUCCGUCUGGAAAACAGCCAGAAUUAGCACAAUUCCAAAAGUUAAAGAGAUCAAGUCCAACAGCGAUCUCCGCUCUAUUUCGAUCCUUCCUUUCCUGUCCAAAGUAUAUGAGCGUCUUGUAUUACGUCAGAUGGUUAAUUUUCUAUCCUUUGGCCCUUUUGGUAUUCUUAAGGAAUCACUUGGAGCGUAUGGAAAAGGACACAGUACCACCACUGUUCUUCUUGCUAUGAGGGACAAUAUUUUACACUCAGUGAAACGUGGCGAGGCAACCAUGGCUAUUUUGGCUGAUUUCUCGAAGGCAUUUGACACAGUUGCCUAUGAAACUGUAUGGGUCACUAGCUAUCUUACCAAGAGAAAGCAGUUUGUUCAGAUAGAUGACAAACUUUCAAGUACCAUUGAGGUGGCCUUAGGUGUCCUCCAGGGUUUCAUAUUGGGGCUCGUCAUCUUCAAUCUUUAUAUCAAUGACUUGUCAGAUAGUCUGGAGGCGUCCGUAACAUCACACCAGUACGCUGACGACACAACCAUCUACGCGCACAGCAAACCUGCAAAUAUUAAGCAGUGUGAAGACCAAUUACAAUAUGCCUUGGAUCAGCUUUCAACUUGGUCAAGUAUUUGCAGAGAAUGCAGAUCUUUUUUCAAGACGGCAGAUAAAGACAAAGUCUCAAAGCCUCCAAUAGAUUCUCUUUCUUCUGGCGUUCAGAGAAUUUUGUUGGAACCCGACAGCGACCCGUUAUUAAUAUGCACUCCUGCAAAACAAGAGGUUUCUUACGCACUUGAAACUCUCGGGAGCUUAUACCAGCCGUCGGAGAGUAGCUCAGAUUCUGAGGAGACAGUUCGAGGAACCAGAUCAAGUAGAGAUAAACUGAAUAAGUAUCUUGCUUCAAGGGAUAUAAGUCCCGUCCGUUCCCAGUUGAAGAUGCCGUGGGAUAUGGCGUCGGAUAGAACUCAACGAUUCCACAUUCGUAAAGCAAAACAAGUGGUCGAUGCAGCUCUUGGAGAGAUUGCGCCACAAGACACUGAAAAACUCUGGAUAUCCUUAGUUCAAUCUAAAGUUGCAGCUCAGCAGACCAGUGACGAAGCCAUUGACUUCAAGCUAGCAGAUGCGCUUGCAGAAUGUUACAAGAACGCAGGACACUAG